AUGGGCGCCCGCCGGCCGCCCGCUCGACACCGCCGUCGCCGUGUGAUUAAUGGGGACGCGGCGGUGCGGGGGAUGCACGCGCGCGCACGGGGCCCGUCGGUCCCAGGACACUGGUACGCCGCCCUGCGCGAAGGCUGGGCUCGGCACCGCCGUUCGACCUCCACCCGCGGGCCGCCAGCCUCUCCUCACGGCCCAGCGUCUGAAAACCUGGGCUCUGGCCCGAUCGCCCUCAUUCUCCCUGGCCCCGUGCGCGAGGGCGUACAGGCUGGAGACAGACGACGGCAUGCGGCCGGGGAGGAGCGCGAGCCGGUGCUGCGGGGACGGCUGGGGGGGCUUCCCCGAGGAGGUGACGGGGGCGAGCAGCAGCCGGGCUCGCACCAGGCCCUCCUAUCCCUUUCCGGGGUCCCUGCAGCCGGUCGGCCGCGCGCCCCCCGCCUCUGCGAAGCCACAGCGCCCCUGCGCGGCGUCCGCGCACAGCGCCUCAGCCCGGGGUGGCCAAGCCGGCUGGCGGCUGGGCCCUCCUGCCCCGCGAUGGAGAGGAAGCCCGUGGAGGGGCAAGGAAGGAGCAUGCAUCCAAAUGCCCACGGGUCAAAGAGCAUCAGGGAACUUUACUGA